GCCCUGCCCUGCCCAGCCUCUUCUAUCUCCGGCCUCCUCCGGACCUGACCCUCUGCCUGGCCCUGGGACGCCGCUGCCAAGCUUCCAAAGCCGAGGUGUGCCCACCAGCCCGAGCCUACGUCCACCGUAGAGUUGUUUGGUGCGGUCGCCCCAAACAGCUGGCUUCCAAAACCAGGACCCCUGGGCUGCCAUCUGGGUUCCCUUUCCACUGAGACCCGACCUCCCGGGAACCCAUUUCGUCCUUAGAUUCGUGCCUCUCCCAGGGUUAGAGACUGCUUGCUCCCCUCUCCAAUCAUCCGCCACCUGCCAAGACGUUGACGCUGCUGACCUCGCCCCCAGACUCCCUUGGGGGCUUUCAGCGUCCACCAUGGAAGCUGUGUACCUGGUGGUGAAUGGGGUGGGCCUAGUGCUGGACGUGCUGACCCUGGUGUUGGACCUCAAUUUCCUGCUGGUGUCCUCCCUGCUGGCUGCUCUCGCCUGGCUCCUGACCUUCAUCUACAACCUCCCGCACACGGUGCUCACCGGUCUGCUGCACGUGGGCCGCGGGGUCCUCUUUUCACUGCUGGCCUUGAUUGAAGGCUUGGUCCGGUUUGCCUUUGGAGGCCUGCAGGCCUUGUGUACUUUGCUGUACAGCUGCUACUCGGGCCUGGAAAGCCUGAAACUCCUGGGCCACCUGGCUUCCCACGGGGCCUUGCGGAGCCGGGAGAUCCUACACCGAGGCUUCCUCAAUGUGGUGUCCAGUGGCCAUGCCCUGCUGCGCCAGGCCUGUGACAUCUGCACCAUUGCCAUGAGCCUGGUGGCCUACGUGAUCAACAGUCUAGUCAACAUCUGCCUCAUUGGCACCCAGAACCUCUUCGCCCUGGUGCUGGCCCUGUGGGAGGCAGUGAUGGGGUCCCUGUGGAGGAUGACAGACGUGGUGGCCGCCUUCUUAGGCCACAUUUCCAGCAGUGCUGUGGCCACGGCCAUCCUCCUGUGGACACCCUGUCAACUUGCACUGGAGCUGCUGGCCUCAGCCACCCGCCUCCUGGCCAGCUUCGUGCUGGUCAACAUCACCGGUCUGGUGCUGCUGGCCUGUGUGCUGGCCGUCACGCUAAUUGUGUUGCACCCCGACCUCACCUUGAGGCUGGCCACCCAGGCCCUCAGUCAGCUUCACACCUGGCCAUCCUACCACCGGCUCCGAGAGGAUGUGCUGCGGCUGUGCCGCCUAGUGAUGGGCUUAGAGACCUGGCGCCAAGUCUGGAGCCGCAGCCUGCAGUUGGUGAGCUUUCCAAACCGAGGAGGGGCCCCUGGUGCCGCCCAGGGGGGCCCUAGGCGGGUGUCCUCAAACAGAACCCGGGGACAAGAGACUCCUGCGGCCAGGCCCACAUCAGAGGCAGAAGAAGAAGCGGACAGAGCAUCGGCAUCUGCCCGCGGCAGGGAGAGACUCAAUGAGGAGGAGCCUGCCGCUGCCGCCGGGCAAGACCCGUGGAAGUUGUUGAAGGAGCAAGAGGAGCGGAAGAAGUGCGUCAUCUGCCAGGACCACAGCAAGACGGUGCUGCUCCUGCCCUGCCGGCACCUGUGCCUGUGCCAGGCGUGCACGGAAAUCCUGAUGCGCCACCCCAUUUACCAUCGCAACUGUCCGCUCUGCCGCCGGGGCAUCCUGCAGACGCUCAACGUCUACCUCUGAAGGUGCCCCACCUGCUCCCCACUCCUCCACGCUGGCUGGCACCUGGCCUGGGGCUCCUCCCUGCUCCUGGGGCUAUCAGGCCGGGCAGCUAGGACGUCAAGAUGGGCACUCUGCAGACUAUGGGGGGUUGGUGGUAGGGCACCAUGCCUCGCCUUACCCCGAGGAUGCCUGUGAUGCUCUGAGUGGUGAGUGCGCCACUAUACAAGGGCCCCGGGGCCUGCCUCCCACCUGCCCAGGGUCCCCUCCGAUGCCAGCCCCUCGGGCUUCUCUGCUCCAGCUCCUCCUUGAGAUUGGCAAGCCCUCUCCGGUGCCUGCCUCAGUUCUCCCUAGCUUCUGCAGCCACAACACACUGGCAUGGUCAUUCAGGUAUUCUGGCAGGAUCCUAAACUUCAGGGUUCAGCCAGAGCCGCCCCCGCAUCUGGCAGGCUUUGGGUGUAGAACUUCUCAACUACCAUGCACACCUGUCAGGGUCGUAGGAGGCUGCCUCUCCACCCAGGGCCAAGAGCUGGGAUAAAGAGAUCAUCCCUGGAAUUGGGGGUGGGGCAGCUAAGUGAUACUUGGCUUUGGGACCACGUACCUUCUGGCACCCCAGCUCUACAGGGGUCCCGGGGUGCUGACCAGAUUUCGACUUGUACAUUUUUAACUCACUCCCCACACCACAUGGAAAAUGGCAUUCCCUGGUUGGUCUGUCCCUGGCACCAGGGUGGGAGGGCAGACUGCACAGUUCACUAGGGUCCAAACACAGGAGGGGUGGGCCCAAGGGGCAUGCCACUCCCCAGGGCACCGGCCCGGCACCGCUUCCAGUGAAUAAAGUUCUGUUGACAACUCA